AUUAUCAUUGUAGGAAAGGACAGUGCUCCGCAUGCUGUGUUAAUAGCUUUAAAUUUGCUGUAAUUUUAUUACACACAAUCCCAACAUGUAAAUAGUAAUUUACAAAGAAUAUAAAUCAUGAUUUAAAUACUGUAAAUUAAAAUUCACAUGCCAGUGAGAAAUGUUUGGUGGCAAUGCCAUUGUUCAAAACACAACUUCAUAUCUUAUUAUGCAAGACUGCAACUAUUGUCGUAAUUGAGGACCAAAGUUAAAAGCUAGAUAUCCUGAUCGAUUGAAUAUCCUAAUCGAUGAUUAUCAAUUAAUGAACAGAUACAAUCUACUCAUAGCAAAUACAUGCAACCGGCGUGAAGCGCACGAAAUCGUGCACGAGAUUUACGAAUGCUUUUGGUUUUACUUGGCUAGAAUAUUGGUCUGAGGUCAUUACAACAAUCACUGAGUGUAGAAUGAAAACUGAAGAAAACCGUAUUCUUUUUGAGCAAACCUUUAUAAUCCUAAUCAAGUUUUGCCCUUUUUCUUCCAUUUUCAGCGUGAUCUAGUUUAUUAAGACGAUGUCGUCAAGUUCCCAGCUUCCCAAGAACCACGACAAACCAGUGCCCGGUAUUAUACGGUUCCUCCGUUUUUCUUUUUGCCUCGGUGUACUACUUCUCCUCUGCUUGCUGUAUUCCACGGACAAGAUGAACAACGCCCCCUCUCUUGUCGGAGUUCCUCCUCCAAAGCAAGUUUCCAGACUUCCAGUGUCGGCAAUUUCGAGGCGGUUGCAAGGUUUCCGACACGAGUGGCUUCGUCAGCGUCUUGCACGCGUAGACUAGAGGAACAUUAUUAAGCCGUGUGUUGACAAUAUGGCCUGGGGAUUAGUGAAAGAUCAUUGGGGCAAAACCAAUAGAAGCAGCGCUGCAACAAGUGAGAUCAUAUUCAAAGAUAUUAGACCAGCGGGAGAGUUCAGCAAGGUUUUCAUCCAGUCAAAAACCUCAGACAAUCGAACGAAGUUGAUUGGUGGAGACACAUGGAGGGUUUACGUACGUGGCCCAACAAACAUUGCGGCCACUGUUUUCGAUCACAAUAAUGGAACUUACGAAGCUCUAUUUCUCAUCACUGAGCCUGGUGUCUAUCAGCUGAUGAUUUACCUUGACUAUAGUCUUUGUGAUGGCUUCAAAGACCCACCUCGUAAUUGGUUUAUCAUAGGUGACUAUCAGGCACGUCAACAGAGAAAUGGAGUUGUAGGUCCUUUAGACGAAUACUUGGUAAAACACGCAAACGGAGAACUUGCUUUAAACAUAACUGUAUCUAGGGCUCAGCUUAAAGUCCCUCUUUCUGACAAACUCAAGGACCUUGCCUCCUGUUCUGAAACCUGCAAAUAUUUAUGGGAUGGAUUCGGUCAAUGGAAAAAUGACAAGUGGAUGCCAUAUCUUAAAGAAUCUUACAAUUGGUCGAUGGCACAGAAUUACACACGAUCUGGAACGCUUUGGGUCUACGGUGAUUCAGUGGGUCGUCUGCUGUACGAAUCUGUCAAGACUCGUCCCUUAUGUAAUUUACUUUAUGAGAAAUGCAACAAUAGCUACGUGUGGGUCUACCGAAAAGACAACGAAGGCUUAUACAUCAAAAAGGAAAGAAAUCUUGAUUUUAGACCUGAAAAAGUCAUCAAAACUGUCACUGACGUUCUUCGCACGCCGGAAAUGCAGCUAGAGGAAACCACCUUGCUUUUGAACUUGGUUCUGCAUUUUGUAAGAAGCGUCAGUUUUAGCACUUAUCAGAAGCUUAUAGAUGACUUGAUAGUAGCUUUGAAGGACGGAGAACUCUCACAAGGUGGGAGAGUUCCAAAGUAUAGGGCUAAAAUCAUCUGGAAGUCAUCCACCGCCAUUUGCAAGGAAAAGUACGCGUCCCAUAAGAAAACCGAUCUUCGAUUCGUGACUAGCCAGCGAGUUGCCCUCUUCACUGCCUACUCCGUGUCAGCCAUGUGCAAAGCAGGAUUUGACGUCAUAGACGUGUAUCCACUGAGCGAUUCAUAUCCACCUAGAUGCACAGACCAUGUUCAUUACGACAAGACAGUUUUUGACAUGAUGGAGACAAUGCUUGAGCAGUACAAAGUACACUACAACAAGAAACUCGACGAAAAUGAAAAACAUGGUAAAAUAAAACGAUGCAUAAGUAAGGAAAACUUCUGACAGCUUAGGUAGAACACAGUUGAAAGUUACCUUUUUAAAAGAAACUGGCCUUAAAGACUUUAGAUGGAGCAAGGUUUUGAAAAAUUCAACCUCAUUAAGAGAGGAAUUGAAAGAUGAAGAAAAAUAUGACACAUUUCUUGGAUGGUAAAGUCGUGAAAAGCAAAUAACCUAACCCAAGAGCCGAUAAUACAUUUUAUUUCAAUUUGCCUCACCUUUCACUCAAAAUCGAAACAGUUAAACACAAAAGUCUUUCGGUCUAUGGUCGCACUGCUUAUUAUGGUUUAUUACCAUCAUGACCCUCCACGUAUAUAUAUUUAAAGGUGGGAACUGAUAUGGCCGCUGGAAAAAUGAAAUAAAACAAUUUGAAAUGAAAUACUUUGAUUUCGAUCCUUCUUGGAACAACGAACUCCUAUAUAUAAGGAACUUCAGUUCUGACAAGUUUACGUUUGUUUACAGCUUUUCAGUCAUAUAACUGAAGCUCAUUUUCUAAGAAAGUAACGCGGAGAGCAUCCUUCAAUUUAAUUAUUAAAUUUCGUGUAUUUCUCUUUAAUUUCAGAGGUUUGGGUAUUUACUUGUUGACUGUUUAGUUUUCGAAGUUUAAGCACUUUCUUUAAUCUCCGAGUAUUUUAUUUUCGAGGUUAAUUGGAAGCUCCUUUUCUGGGCUAGGUUGUUAACGCUAACCCAGGAUUAAAAGUUAACCUUUGUAUUAACUUUUCUCGAAUAAAAGUCCUAUGUUUUGUGUGGUUUGAGAUUACUUAAACUCAAAACUGAGGGACUAACGAUAUCCGGUAUAUCAAACUUCACCGAAAAGUUAGAAAAAUGAAAUCAAAAGUCUAGCUAAUCCUUGGAUAGCCUAAUCAGACUUUUAACAACCGGGCCUUGAGUGUUUCAUUUUCAAUGUUUGGAUAUUUCUUUACUAAGCGUUUCAUUUUCCAGGUUAGAGAGCUUCCUUUCUCGGGUUAACGUUUUCAUUUUUUACACUGCAUUUGGACGCUUUUCUUUCACUUAUUGGGCAUGUCCUGCCAAGUUCUUCAUUUUCUACUUCUUCAUUGUCGAUAGUCCCUUCAUUUAACACCUGAGGUUUGUCAACUGACUAAGAAAACGAGCACAAUAUCAUUGGAGAGCUUAAGCAAUGAGGACGGUGAUAGUGAUCACCAUUUGAAUGGCAAAUUUCUCUUCCGUCUGAAUCCUGAAUGCUUUCAUUUGAACGGAUUGCAUUGAAGUCGGCUUGUCAUCAUCUUUAUAAAUUGACCCGGGUUAACAUGAAGUUCUCUAGCCAAUUCAUUCAACUUUAAGUGUAUGCCUGUGGAUUUGAUUCUUUUGGGAAUAGAGUCUCUUUAUCUGACCAAGACAGGCUCGAUGUGCUUUUUAUUGAAGCAACAACAGACUAAACGUAAUUUCGCACAAAACAACAAUUUAUUGAAGCAAAAAAAGAAACGAAAAUAGGUGAAAGCAAUUGAUUUAUAGUGAUGACAAAUUACAAGCUAUAAAUAAAGUAGGAAAGAAACUUUUACAAAAAGAAAAACGCAAAAACGGCGAAAUGCAUUGUGAAUUCACACAAACGAUUCGAUCUUCGACAAUCGCAGAACAUAGGCAUGCAAGACGUGCAAGAGAGAUUUUUUUGUGGAUUAAAACUUACCAGUACCAACACACUCAAACGCCUUAUACACGACCCGGUCACAAGGUACAAAAUCAGCCAUGCUGGGACGCAAGUUACACAAUGGAACUUCCAAAACAAAAGAAGGUUCAGCUGUAAUAAUACAAAAUUAGUUGUUUUGGAAGACGCUCAGUGUUAUUUGCGUCCCGUCAUGGUUGAUUUUGUACAAUGUAACCGAGUCGUGCAAAGGACCUAUUCCCGUCAAGCCAUCAACACAUUUCCACGACAGCGCUGGACUUCCUGCUCUAAAUUUCUUAAUGAAGAAUAUUAUUCGUCUUCCUCUACUGACCUGACAUGCGUUCAAACACGUCAAAAUGAUAAUAAAAAACUGAACUUGUCACCCACUA